GCCUUCCAUUCUUCCUUACUCCUGCGUUGGGUUCAUGACCCCCUGGGAAUCGUGUCAAGACGAGACCAGCAGGUCAUGGGAGGCCAUACUAGAAGAAUCCCUCAAUGAGUUCUCCAUGAACCUUUAUGCCUACCUCAGCCAAUCCCAGCCCAUGAAAAACCUGCUCUUCUCUCCAAUCAGUAUCAGCGUGGUGUUAACCCACUUGUUACUAGGUAAGAGAGGACUCCCAGUCCAAUCCAUGCAAUUCUACGAUGCGGAUCCAGUCAAAUUCACCAAUAGUAGUGAGGUAAACGUGGAAAUGAUCAACAGUUGGGUGGCGAAGCAGAGAAAUAAUAAAAUAAAAGAGCUGGUCGACUCUGUUCCUGCCCACACCGAACUGGUACUCCUCAAUGCUGUGUAUUUCAAUGGUCAAUGGAAGAUGAAAUUUGAUGCAAAAUCCAAGAUGUUUCCAUUUGUGAAACUGAAUGGUGAUACUGUGUUGGUGCCUGUCCUCUACAGUGCCAAAUACAAAUUGGCUAUGCAAUACGUCCCAGCACUGAUGGCACAGGUGGCGAUGUUCCCUCUCUCUGGUGAAAGUAGCCUGUUCAUCCUGCUCCCGCCCACUGCCAAGCUCUCUGACCUGCAAUUGGUGGAGGGGAAGAUGACGGACAAGGCAGUGAGCCAGAUGGUGGAGCAGAUGAAUCAGGUGUCUCCCCAGGCCACCGAGCUUCCCUUAGGUUUGUCGGAGCUGUUCGACAGCGCCAACCUGUGUGGCCUCUACCCCGACAACGAGUUGCUGCUGACGGACGCCCACCACUGGGCCUUCCUCUCCCUGACGGAGCAAGGUGUGGAGGCUGGUGGGGCCACUUCCCUCUCUUUCUCUUCCUUCCCAGCGCCCAGGCCCUUCCUGAUGAUAUUGUGGAGCGACCAGGCCAAGGCACCACUGUUCGUGGGCCGAGUGACCGAGCCGUGA